GUCCGUCCCACAAGCUCCUCUCGUUCCUGCGUCGACGGACCCGCGGCGCAUGCUUCCGUGCUUCCAAGUAGAAGAAAUUAAGGCGGUCAUGCAUGGAACGAUGCGUCAGCUAGAGGAAACCACUGAGGAAAUCUAAUGGCGAUUGGGAAGGCCAGCGAUGCCUUUAUUUCUCCCUCUGGGGUCGCUAUUAUUGUCCGCGUGAUUAUAUAGCCCAUUGCCGCUGGUUCCAGUAGCUGCACUACGCCGACACAAACGAGGGAGGCCGGCAAAGAGAACGCCAUGGGUGUCAAGGAGCAGCUGCUUCAGGAGGAGGAGGAGGAGAAGAGGGGCGUCGUGGCGGUGAAUCCGAAGCCGAAGAAAGGGCUGGUGUCCGCGACGGUGGACCUGAUCGAGCGGGUAAUCGUGUACCUUAUGCACGAUCGCAAGACGCCUCUCCACUACCUCGCCGGAAACUUUGCCCCCGUCCGCGACGAGACCCCGCCCUGCACCGACCUCCCGGUUCGCGGUACACUCCCCGAAUGCUUGAACGGGGAGUUUGUCAGAGUUGGACCUAAUCCCAAGUUUGUUCCUGUGGCUGGAUACCACUGGUUUGAUGGUGAUGGAAUGAUUCACGGCAUGCGCAUCAAAGAUGGAAAAGCAACUUAUGUUUCACGUUAUGUUAAGACAUCACGUCUUAAGCAAGAAGAAUAUUUUGGAGGAGCAAAAUUUAUGAAGAUUGGAGACCUUAAAGGAUUAUUUGGAUUAUUCAUGGUCCAAAUGCAACUUCUCCGAGCAAAGUUAAAAAUACUGGAUGUUUCAUAUGGAACUGGGACAGCUAAUACAGCUCUUGUGUACCAUCAUGGGAAACUUUUGGCCUUGUCAGAAGCUGAUAAGCCAUAUAUUGUUAGGGUUCUGGAGGAUGGAGACCUGCAAACACUUGGGAUGUUAGAUUAUGACAAGAGAUUGGCGCAUUCAUUUACUGCUCAUCCGAAGGUUGACCCUGUCACUGAUGAAAUGUUUACCUUUGGAUAUUCACAUGUACCUCCCUAUGUUACUUAUCGAGUCAUUACCAAGGACGGUGUAAUGCUUGAUCCGGUACCAAUAACGAUACCAGAUCCUGUCAUGAUGCAUGACUUUGCCAUCACUGAAAACUAUGCCAUCUUCAUGGAUUUGCCUCUGUAUUUCCAGCCAAAGGAGAUGGUGAAGGGAAAACUAAUAUUUAAUUUUGAUGCUACAAAGAAAUCUCGUUUUGGUGUACUUCCAAGAUAUGCAAAGGAUGAACUGCAUAUUAGAUGGUUUGAACUUCCUAAUUGUUAUAUAUUCCAUAACGCAAAUGCCUGGGAGGAAGGUGAUGAGGUUGUUCUAAUCACUUGCCGUCUUCAGAAUCCAGAUUUGGACCAGGUCAAUGGAGCUGUGAAAGAUCAUCUUGAGAAUUUCACAAACGAAUUGUAUGAGAUGAGGUUCAAUAUGAAGUCUGGUGCUGCUUCACAGAAACAACUGUCAGUCUCUGCGGUCGAUUUCCCUCGGAUCAAUGAGAGUUACACGGGCAGGAAGCAACGGUAUGUCUAUUGCACCAUACUUGACAGCAUUGCGAAGGUAAAGGGCAUUAUCAAGUUUGACCUACAUGCUGAACCAGAACUUGGUAAGAAGAAGUUAGAAGUUGGAGGAAAUGUAAAAGGCAUCUUUGAUCUUGGACCUGGAAGAUAUGGUUCUGAGGCAGUCUUUGUGCCUCACAAACCUGGUUUCUCAUCAGAAGAGGAUGAUGGCUACCUAAUAUUCUUUGUGCAUGAUGAGAACACAGGGAAAUCUGAAGUCAAUGUAAUAGAUGCGAAGACGAUGUCUGCUGAUCCUGUUGCGGUUGUGGAGCUUCCGACCAGAGUUCCCUAUGGAUUCCAUGCCUUCUUUGUGACGGAGGAGCAACUUCAACGACAAGUAGAGGCAUAGUUAAUGGACAUGCCAACACCCGAGAAGACCUGAGGGUUUGCAUUAGAGUUCUAAGCAAUCACAUGGCUUUGCAAGCUGUAUGUAUGUGUUCUAAUCGUUACUGACCACUGUCUGUAGUCUUCAACUAAUCGCACUGCGUGAUUUCAUCUAUCUCAUUAUAAUCGUGUAUGGUCAGUUCUACUGUCGUAGAGUGAAUGCUGUGUACAUGCUACAAACCUUGCAUCCCUUUUGUCUCAAUAUCUGUGGUAAGUA